UCUGCUACACUGGCUGUUAACAGCUCAACACUGAGGACUGGCCGAGCACAAUACAGCACGAAGCCACUGUGAGAGAGAGAGAGACACUGAGCAACAGGCACAGCCAAGGAGACGGCAGAAACACUCUCCCCCCCAAAUCCCCAACUCUGCAGAGAGAGCAGCAGCAGAGGCGCACAAAAGCAUUCUUGGCUUUAAAAGAAGAAGAGGGGUGAAAAAAAAAGUUAACAAUACGUUGGGCGAGAUCAUUUACCCGAGAUACAAAUUCAAGGAGAAAGGCGUGACAGGACGGCGUCAGCCUCGGGUUUAUCAUCCCUGAAACGUCCCCCCCCCGGCGUACGAAGCGAAGGAUCGUAGCGCAGCGCUGCAUGAAGGAUAAAACCAUCCGGAGAAGAAACGAGCAGGACGAGAGCGACAAUGAGGAUCACGUGGCUGCUGCUGCUGUCUCUCAGCUUCCUAUUUCACAGUGUGUGUUCAGAUGAUACCAGCCAGAGUGCUGUUCCUGCCUCGAAGGAUGCGGUUUCUGUUUCGCCAGCACCAACGGGUGUUUCGCCUGCUGCCAGCGCAGCCGUGACGAAGCCGACUGUUGACGCUCAGCCCAAGAUGGGUGGCGCAACCGCAGCACCAACAGCUGAUGACAGCAGCAAGAAAAACACAGGCACCAACACCCCGCAGGCACCAACACCCACACAGCCAACUGCUGUGACCACCACGCCCGCUAUCGCAGUGAUUGCCGCGUCCAACCCGGUGGUCAAUCCAGACCCCAAGCAACCACAAGCCCAGCCUGUCACAAACAACCCGGCAGCACUUCUCACAAGCAUCUCUGGUGGCACCUCGACUGUAGCGCGUCAUGCCACUCCUGCUGCUGCUACCCCCAGCCCAGCCAAGAUUGCGACCACAGUUGCAACAGCUGACAGCAGCCGCAGCUUAGUGGUAUCCCCCUACGCCGCCACAAUAUCAACUCCUGCAGCAUCUUUGCUCGGUACGACCGCCGGGACUGUAGCGCCUGCCAGUCUGCCAGGAACCGCUGCUCCUGACGUGACAACCAAGAUCCCAAAGGUCGCCACAGAUGCCCUUACAACAGGGCAACAGACAGCGGUUCACACCACCAGCACCUCCAAGACGAGCCAGGAGGUCGGCAAUGGAGGUAGCGAGAAAACUGUGAUAGCCACAAGCCAGGGGCAGCCAACGUCAAGGGCCCCGGAGCCAGCUGGGAACGCUGGGACCACCGGCACCCCCUCCACCCUGACAAAGGCAGGACCUCCUCCAGCAGAGACCACCGGUAGCAAAGCUGGAACCACGCUCCUACAAACCACCCCCGCCACCAGCAUCACCACCACCAUCACCACCAGAACCGACGCAGCAGCUCAGCCGAAGAUGUUCUCGUACUCCCUAAACAGCGGACACGAGAAAGAGGAGGAGAAAGACCUGGUGGAGGUGUGCAGGCGGCUGAUGGUGAAUUUGCAAGACGGAAACUGCACCCUGACGUGGCGGCACCACAAUGGCAAAAUCCAGUUUGACCGCGUGGAGAUAAACGGCAAAGUGAAAACCACCCUGGCCACCCAGUACUAUGAGGAAAUCACCAAGAAACCAACAGAUAACAAAACCCUGAUCGCCAUCCUGGCCUCCAGCGGAGCUCUGCUGAUCAUGAUCGUCAUCCUGGCCGUGUGCGCCUCCCACCACCGCAAGCCCUACAAUGAGAACCAGCAACACCUGACGGAGGAGCUGCACACCGUGGAGAACGGUUACCACGACAACCCCACGCUGGAGGUGAUGGAGGUGCAGCCGGAGAUGCAGGAGAAGAAGGUGGCGCUGAACGGAGAGUUCAACGACAGCUGGAUCGUCCCCAUCGACAACCUGCUGAAGGAGGACAUACCCGACGAGGAGGACACUCACCUGUAGAGACAGAGCGGGAGGAGAGGAAGAGGAAGAGGAAGAGGGACAGGAAGAGGAAGAAGACAGCGAUAGGACCUGGCUAGUUCCAGCCACACCAAAACAAACACCAGCCCUGCCCACUCACCUCCCACUGCUGACCCUGGGACCCCCGUCCCUGUAGCCAGAGAAGACUUCCUCACACAGAAAUACACCCUAUAGAACACACAAGCUGCACAUUAAUGUCUGUCUGCUUGAUUUCUUCCUACUGCGCUUUGGUAUGAAAAAGAAGUGAGGAUAAAAAAUGAGACUUCGGGGAGAAAUUCUACGCAGUGGCGUGGAAAAUUAAACAUCCACUAAAUCAAUCACUGUUGUGCCUGUACUCAAGUUUUUAUAGAGAUAUUUGAUAAGUGUGACUUCCUGCAGAGCACAGUUCAAAAUUUGUCUUUCUAAAAACUUAAAAAGUGCCCCAAACUUCUUUUGCUGUUCUCAGACAAGAGCUGUUUCGUACACAAGCAUCUGUAAAUAGAAUAUUUUUCUGUUAUUUCCUGAAAGCGAGAAGCGAGGAGGCGCCCGGGGUUGAUGGAAGCUCUGCUCUGGAGGUCGAAACAGGAAGAAGAUCAGAGAGGUAACAGCAACGUCAGCUGCCUCGGCAGUUUUAGUGUUACUAACUUAGAUGACCUCGGGAUACUUCAAAGCGUCCCGGUGAUUUUCCACUAGUGCGUGUUGGCGAUGAGGGAGCCGCCGGUAACUGGUGCAACUAACCUUAUUCAUAAAAGAGUGUCCAGAGAGGCCCUGCUCCAGGCACAUCGCUCUGUAGAAACAAGACAAACGAGGGGUUUUCAUCCACAGCGCCACAUGCCGACCUGAGGGCGUCCGGAAAGCCUGAGGGGACGUAGCACAAGUAUAUUUCGUAUUGUGAUUUCUUUUUGUCUGUCGAUACGUGAUCAUCGCUUAAAGUUGUUUUCAUGCGAUUGUGCAGCAAUCGAGGGAAAAGGCCUCAGAGAAAUCUUGGAUUUCCAUACAUGGAGGAGAUCGCUCUGUAUUCUCAAGAGAAAAAUCAGCUAUUUAAUUUAAAAAAAACAUUAUUUAAACGCCUCAUUUUGAAACUCAACAGAUAAUUCCAGUUUCUUUUCCAUCUUAGCUCUUAUUUAUGUAGCUUUUCCUGAUAUAAGAACAUUGCGCUCAGCAAUGAGAUGAUGAGGUGAGAAAUACAAGCAGCCAGGCAAUAAGCCAGGCAACAGUCUAAUCAGAUUACUGGAGGGUAAAGUGAAGGUGAGCCAUCCUAAAUGUCUCCAGUAAACCCUAAUAGCAAAGGAAAACUGUGCGCACGCAACUAUGGUGAGUGUAAUGGGUCAAAUUUAAACCAGGGCUCCUUUCACUAAUGUGAUUUGUGAGCUCUGCUUACACAAACGACAGUUCCACAGGCUGCAAACACGGCAUCGAAUUGAUGAGCGACGGCAGUCAAAGUUAGAGUGAGACAACGCAAGAAGAAAACACAAUAUUCCUUCUUAGAAGUUACAAGUUCAGCUCAUAACCAAUUAAACAGACCGUCGGUUACUACAGGGUAUUGCUUCUUUCUUAUAGGGUGGCAUAGGCAUGGGUGACUAACCAUUUAAUAAUAUUAGUAAGACAGGAAGUAAACUUCACCAGCAGCCUCAUGAAAAUGAAAGACGGAGAGAACCGUGCGAGCUGGAGGUAAACAUCAUGCUUCAUUAAUCUGUAUUUCCUGCCUGUGGCCGCUGCUCAGCUAAAGUUACGCAGUCUCACUUUAAAGAAAAUGAUCUCGGACACUUUGUGUAAUAACGCUACCGUUUGUUUUUACUUCCAAAUAAGUUUGUCUGGCUGCUCCUGUUUCACGCUCUGUUGGACUGGACUGUGCGAUGAUUACUGACAGGAGUGAUGGAAAAACGACUAAAAUAACAGGUUGUAAUCAUCCUGAACCCGAGAGCCAUAAACAUUUCUGUCUCUGAUUGGCUGUUACAAGUCCGCAUUUUAUGAGAGCCAAACUGCACAACAGGAAGAGGUUUUCCAGUCUUUCCAGGACCGCGACAGAUAUACUUUGCUAUUCUGACAUUUGCAUCAAGUGAUUUAAAAGAAAUGCCGGAAAAGCUCCACAGUCAGUCAAUUAUUGGAAAAAAGAAUAAUAGUGGAUGGAGGCUGAUAACUAAACUGGUGCACCUCUGAAGUGAACACUGUACAUAGUUUUUUUUUCCUCUCACUGUUGCUGGAGAGGUGUAAUCAUCAACACUUUAAGACUUGAUAUUAAAACCCUCCCAGCAGAACCUGAGCACAUCUUUUUUAAAAGUUCAGUUUAAUAAUUUACUUCCCUUUAAACCAAUUAAGAAGUUAAUAUAUAUAUUUACUUAUAUACAAGUGAAUCCAUCACCUUGGGCACUCCAAUCCAACUUUUUUUUUUAUUGUGUUUGUGUGUCUACAAUUUCACUUUUAUUAUAGCUGUGCCAUUUUCACCAAAGUACGUUACCAGUAUUUUAUGUAUUUAUGGUUUGUUUGCUGCUGAAGGCAAACAACAGGGGUCUGACACACUGGAUGCUGUAAAUUGUCGAUGGCCUUGGCGGUCAUGUUGUUCUACCUGUUCAGAUUUGCAAAUAAAGGAAUGUUUUUCCACUUUG